AUGGCUGCCUUCAGUAGAGGCAGGCACCGGUUAAAGCUCCUUGGUCGCCUUAGCUGUCAAACAUCUACAAGACGCUUCACAGGUAAAUUUGACUAUGAUCUGGUCGUUAUUGGCGGUGGUUCUGGCGGCUUGGCUUGCUCCAAAGAAGCUGCCCAGUUUGGACAGAAAGUUGCUGUUCUAGACUAUGUUGAACCCUCCGUCAAAGGUACAAAGUGGGGACUUGGUGGUACGUGUGUGAAUGUCGGCUGUAUCCCAAAGAAACUAAUGCACCAGUCCGCAUUGCUUGGAACAGCGGUGAAAGAUGCAAGGAAGUACGGCUGGAAUAUCUCUGGCCCUGUCACACAUGACUGGACGGUGAUGGCAGAGGCGGUGCAGAAUCAUGUGAAGUCUCUGAAUUGGGGUCACAGGGUACAACUGCAGGACAAGAAAGUGAAAUAUUUCAACAUGAAGGGCAGCUUGGUGGAUGAGCACACGAUCAGAGGAUUGACAGCAAGAGGAAAAGAGAUGACCCUGACUGCCAAGAACAUUUUAAUCGCCACUGGAGGACGACCAAAAUUCCCUACACAAGUCCCAGGAGCGAUGGAACAUGGCAUCACUAGCGAUGAUGUCUUUUGGCUGAAACAGUCCCCCGGGAAAACCCUCGUUGUGGGUGCCAGCUAUGUGGCACUAGAGUGUGGUGGCUUCCUCACUGGCAUUGGACUGGAUGCCACUGUGAUGGUACGCAGCAUCGCCCUCCGCGGGUUUGAUCAGCAAAUGGCAGGUCUGGUCACAGAUUACAUGGAGGCUUACGGCACUAAGUUUGCAUGGAAGUGUGUCCCCCGUAAAGUGGAGAAGCUGCCCUCGGGAAGUCUGGAGGUGACAUGGACAGACCUGAACAGUGACCAGGACCAUCAGGACCAGUUUGACACGGUACUCUGGGCUGUGGGCAGAGCUCCCGAAACCAAAACACUCAACCUGGACAAAGUGGGCGUCCAGCUCAAUCCGGAGACUGGCAAAAUCGUGGUGGCACCAGACGAAGCGACGUCCGUGCCAAACGUCUACGCCAUCGGCGAUAUCGCCGAGGGUCGUCCCGAGCUGACCCCGACUGCCAUUAAAGCUGGCAAACUUCUGGCCCGCAGGCUGGCCGGCCAAUCAGACGAGCUUAUGAAUUACAAUAAUGUUGCCACGACAGUUUUCACUCCGUUAGAGUACGGCUGUGUGGGUUUGUCAGAGGAAGAGGCAGAGAGGAGACAUGGCAAAGACAACAUUGAGGUCUACCAUGCAUUUUAUAAACCUUUAGAGUUUACGGUGGCAGAGAGAGAUGCCAGUCAGUGUUACAUUAAGGUGAUUUGUCAACGGGAGGGGAACAAGCCAAUCAUAGGGCUGCAUUUUACAGGUCCCAAUGCAGGAGAGGUCAUUCAGGGCUUUGCUUUGGGAUUCCAGUGUGGCUUUACCUAUUCUCACUUGUUAGAUACCAUAGGUAUCCAUCCCACCUGUGCAGAGGAACUGACCAAAAUCCACAUCACCAAACGUUCAGGCCAGGAUGCUACUGUAACAGGCUGCUGAGGUUAAGCCCCGCCCCUAAUUCUGUGAUUGGUCAGAGCAUACGGGGUCUCUCCUGGGCCGAACAGCCUCCACAGUUACAAUGUCAUAGUGUUUUCAGUGCCCCCACCACUUCCUUAAGGUCAAAUGCAUAACCUCUGGACCUCUGUUCCCGCCCUGUCUCUCUGUCUCUAUCUCUCCCUAUCUCAGAACAGGUAUGCUUGGGUUUUUUUUUUGUUUUUUUUCAGAGGGCGAUGUCUGUCUGUCUCUCCUACGCAGCCCCGGGCUAGCAGCAGCAUACUUGGGUGUUUGGGUUUAUUAAGUGAGGUCUCUGUCUUCCUCUCUCUUUGUCCAGUCUAAGAUAACACAUCAAAGGAAGGGACAGUGAUGUCAUAAAGGGAACCUUGUCAUGGGAAACAGUAGAAUGUUCAGUUUCAGUGAAAACAAUGGAAGCUUCAGCUGGUUCCGUGUUAGAAUCUUACUGUAUUCCCUCCUUCAGAUACUUGGCUGUGAGUCUUGACCAAAGGUCUGGAUGUAGAUCUGUUUGCACUGGUACCACUAAUGCCAACAAUUCUGUCCUGAUCUGUUUUUGCUGGAGAUUUUAACGCCGGUUAUCGGGUACACGACUGAGAAACACGAUCGCAUAGAACUUGAAUAGCAAGUUUAGUUCUUUUUUAUUUUUACUAUUUUGCUAUUAUAAAAUUAGGAAUCUGGGUUGUAGAAACAUUAAAGCCUUACGUAAACACACAUAAAUCAGAGGCCGUGGUAUAGCUACAGUUUGUUGAAAUAAAAGCGUUUUAAGAAAAAGCAGGGCCCUAACAUAUCUGAAUUAUAUUCUGCAAAUAUUGUUGUUUCUCUGCCUGUACUUCCUGUCCAUUUGUCUUGAGGGUAACACACGGAGAGCUGGUGACACUGAUGGAUGGCAAAGAGCCGUCGUCGUGGUGACACCACCCCGGUUCCCAGAGAUACAGACAAACACUCGGCGAGCCUGCUGUCACUCACGCUAAGGCCCGGUUCCCCGGCUGGAGAGCUUGCUUGUUUAGGUACAGCGUGAGGGCAGCUCACCCCAGUGCACCCUGGGAAUACAGAGGCACUACAAUAACACUCUGUCAGAGUAUUUCUCUCUUGCUGUCUUUCGCUCUCUCUGUCUCUCUCUCUCUCUCUCUCUCACACACACAUAUACACACUCUCUUUCCUCUCUUUCUCUCUCUCACACUGUGCUUGGGUAGCCUCACAGGCAAGCCAAAGCAGUCUGACAUGCCAGGAUCUAUGAUGCCUGUAUUUCUCUUACCCGGAGUUGCCUUUAGGUGGCAGUGUUGCUCUCUUUUUUUGCGUUAAGUUGCACAUUCUCUAUUCAUACACUUAUCUAAAAAUAACCUGAGAAUUUAAACAGUCAAGUCCACAUAAAUUCAAAACACUUUAAAUCACGCACAAUCGAGGAUUAUUUGCUUAUAUUUGUAUGUUUUUGUAAAAAAAAAAAAAACAUUUGGCUCUCUUGUGUUUAUUAGGAGUGUUUCUCUCAGAGUGCCUGAACUGGUUCACCAGUUCCAUCUUUUGGAUGCUGAGAUGAGCACCUAAAGCACUUGUACUGAGCAUCUAAAGUCCUUGUUUAAGGAUCUUUACAUAAUUUUCAUAAUCCAGAAAGUAGCAGAUUAUAUUGUAAUCUGAUGCAGUUGUUCCAAGCCAUACUUUCAAUGAUGCUUCAGCCCUGAAUUGGGCAUAUUAGAAAGGAGAGAGUUGUGCAGAGAGACAGAGAGAGAGAGAGAGAGAGUGUUGUGAGGGAAAGGAGGAGAGACAG